AUUCCAUGAGCUUGUGUGUGUUCUCCCCCCUCGCUCUCCUUUGGUAAAGAAGAAAAUAAACCUAUUGCUGCUAACAAGGCUAGUAAUGGAACCAACCCUUAAAUACCGCUUUAGCCCUCUGUGACUGGCCGGGAGGUGCUUCCCCUGCAAGCAGCGUCUCCACCUGGAAGAAAAGCUCUGGAACACUCUGGACUUACGGACCGUCGCCUCUUUAAAAGUCAAGUUAAAUACGCCAGCCAGGAGAGGUUUUCAUUAGCCUAUCUGCAAGUUAGCUGACUGGGCUAGCCGUGGAUGAACUUCGCAUGGAGUGACUGCUGGGAGAGUAGCCUGCUGUCUGACUGCAAGCUUUCUUUUAUCCUUCACAUGGGAGUCUGUUGUUGGCGCUAUCGCCUCGGAGCUUGAAGGCGAGAACUGUGCAAUUGCUGUAUGUGUGGCGUAAGCAAUCACGUUAUUGAUUUGGAGACCCACUGGCAAGCUAACAGGAUAUUAGCCACCUAUCUCCGCUUUGUGGUUGCAGGCCAUGGACUGAGAAGCACCCAUCACUGGCUGAGUGAUGAGAAGGCUGGCUUGAUGGCAGGCGGUGGUUAUUUAUUGGGAAGCAGUAAUUGGAUAAACAGACAAAAGAAGCGUUUGAUUUGAACCCUGGACAAUUCCUGUUGUGCUUUCAAAAUGCAUCGGAGUGCUGGAGCUCUUCCUACGCUGGGAUAGAAGAGACGCACAAGAAAACAGCGGCACUAAAAUACACAAAAGAGAAAUUGUCCCAUAAAGUUGAAAUAAGAGGUGAAAUAUAAUGUCUACCGCAAAAGAAAACCCCUGUAGGAAAUUCCAGGCGAACUUCUUCAACAAAAGUAAAUGUCAGAACUGCUUCAAACCACGGGAGUUACAUCUGUUGACGGACCAGGACCUGACCCAGGCUAAACCUAUUUAUGGUGGAUGGCUGUGUUUGGCCCCUGAGGGAACUGACUUUGACAAUCCCAUGCAGAGAUCCCGGAAAUGGCAACGGAGAUUCUUUGUGCUGUACGAACAUGGCUGUCUGCGCUUUGCCCUGGACGAAUCGCCCAGCACUCUGCCUCAGGGCACAGUGAACAUGAACAUCUGUGUGGAUGUGGUUGACGCCGAGCCAAAGACGGGUCAGAAGAACUCGCUGUGCAUCAUGACCCCGGACCAGGAGUACUUCAUCAGAGGAGAGAAUAAAGAGAUCAUCAACGGGUGGAGUGAACAGCUGGUGGUCUACCCCCGAACCAACAAACAGAACCAGAAGAAGAAACGCAAGGUGGAGCCUACGACCUCUCAGGAGCCAGGUCCAGCUAAGGUAGCAGUGACCGGCUCUGGCAUCCCAGAGGCAGAGAAGGUUCCAGACUCAAGCUCUAUCAUCUGGCAGGAGGAGCUGAACCAGAGAGAGGCAGAGGGGGCUUCAGUCUGGGCCCCCGCUGACCUGCCUCCAGGUUCUCCUCAGACCCAAACAGGAGGCUCUGACGUUAGCUCGGUGAAUGGUGACGAGGUGGACCGGGGCAGCCUGGCGCUGCAUGGCUCUGCCCCCCAGCCCCCCAGGGACCUGCUCUCCCCGACGGGCUCCUGCUCCAGCCUGGGGGGCAUCCCGCGCUGCCUCUCCCCGGCCCCCAGCGACCCCUUCCCCUCCGGCAGCUCCCUGCUGUCUAACGGCUCCCACAUCAGCGGCUCCGUCAGCUCUCUGGACUCUGACGCCAGCGGCAGCACCGUGACCAGCAACGAAAGCCACCCGGCGCACCAGAGGGGGGGCCACGCCUUCAGCCACCACGACACGCCGCGCGCUCGGAGGCUGGAGGCCGAAGCCAGGAAGGCUGAGAAGAGGAGCCGCUACAGGAGCCCCGAGAGGCAGGAGAGGGACGCCGUCCUCAGCCCCGAGAGGAGUCGCUCCGGUGUUAUCGAGAAGUUGGAAGCCUUGGAGCUGGAGAAUCAAGAGAAAAUGGAGGUGGAAGAGUCGGGGGGGAGUGGAUCCAGACAGGGCCGGAGUGAGCAGAGACGCUUCCAAAGAGGGGAGCAGAGACGUGACGUUGGUUCAGAUUUUCCCUCCGCCCUGCCCCCUCUGAGGAGAGCCAAGUCCCUGGACAGGAGGACCACUGAGUCCGUCAUGACGCCGGAUUUACUGAACUUCAAGAAAGGUUGGAUGGUGAAGCUGGAUGAGCAAGGCCAGUGGAAGAAAUACUGGUUUGUUUUGACGGAUCACAGCCUGAGAUACUACAAGGAUUCCAUCGCAGAGGAGGCCUCGGACCUGGAUGGGGAGAUCGACCUGUCCACUUGCUACAAUGUCACUGAAUACCAGGCUCAACGCAACUAUGGAUUCCAAAUACAUACCAAGGAGGGAGUGCAAACGCUGUCGGCCAUGACAGGAGGGAUACGCAGGAACUGGAUCCAAGCAGUGAUGAAGAACGUCCGACCAUCCACCGCCCCUGAUGUGGCAAGUUCUACUGAGGAUCAUGGCUCCUUCUCUCCUCUGGAGGGUCUGGUUAGGCCAGAUGUAACCCCCUCCUCUGAGGCGUCUAUAGAGAGAGAAUCCACGGCAGGUGUCAUAAAGAGCCGGGCACGUGAACGCAGAAGAGAAGGCCGCUCUAAGACUUUCGACUGGGCUGAGUUCAGACCCAUCGCUCAGGCUCUGGCUCAGCAGCGGGCACAAGAGGCAGAGAGCCUCCAUGCUGACCUGGAGCUGGAGCGCAGUCGUAGGAAAGAGGAGAGGCGGAAGCGUUAUGACUCUGUGACUAACUCAGCGCCGGAGCAGACACUUGUUAAAGCUGGAGGGAGGACUGACUGUGAGAGUGCAGAGGGAGUUGGACAAACAGAUCCUUUAGGUCCCGUGUCUUUGGAGAGGCAGCAGAUGGUGGAGGAGGUGAUUGAACAACACUGGCAACAGGUGGAGAAGACACCCAUGAGGGAGGAGAGGAGGGUGACUCUGCCCCCCCCGGUGCAAUCCAGAGAUACUACUGAGCUGGAGCAACUGCUGGAGAAUUACAAGCAAGGGAUAGAGGAGCUGAAGGCUCAGCUGGAGGGCUGUCACCAGCAGCUCCUCGACUCCAGCAAGCACAAGCAGGAGUUGGAGCUGCAGCUGAGAACAGCUCUGGAUAGAGAGCAUGACAUCCGUGCAGGUUACAUCUCCCCGCUGGAGCACCCUUUGGGUCUGGAGGCUGAUGUGACGCCCCAGACGAAGAGGCCCGAACUGGUUAGUUCUCAAGCACAGAGUUUAACAAAGAAGUACCAGGAGACCAAAGAGCUCCUGAAGCUGCAGGAGCUGAAAAAACGCAAUAUGCAGGCACAGCUUGGCCUUUCGCUUUCUCACUCUCCCAUCAAGGAUCCGUACUUUUCUGAACUUCCAAAUCUAUCUAUACCGGAAGGCCCACCCCCUGAACUUGUCGAAAAAACAGUUAGCUUCUUGCUUCAGGACAGUGAUGAGGCAAUUCAAGAAUUAGAAGACAUGAUUGCCGGUAGACCUCUGUCCCUAAAGGAGUUGCCAGAAUUAUUGAGAUUCCAUAGUUGUUAUGAAGAGACAGCGGAGAAAAAACAACUUCAGAAGCUCUUGGAGACCUGGAAGUACCAGCAGGAGAUGGAAAAUGAAACGUUAAAAAAAAGUUUAGCCAGAGCAGGAGAAAGCAUCCGUGAGUACGAAGCCCGUCUUCUAACCAUUGAGGAUUUGGUCGGAAGGGUUCAAAAUAAAAGUCUAGGAAGCCUAAAAAGUCCCUAUGGACCCCUCUCAGAAAUUGAAAACCAUUCAGAGACAAUUGAGAUGGACAAAGGGAUGCUCUCCCAGAAGGUUGAACUUUUAACUAGUGAAAAUGGGGCAUUGAAACAACGGUGUCAGGAGAUCGUGAACCAACUGACAGAGGCUGACAGAGAAAUAGACAGACUUAAAGUUGAGCUGAUCAGCCAGCAAGGCGGUAAACAGCAUCACCUGGUCAUGGAAGAGCUAAAAAUACUAAAAGCAGAACUGGCUGAAAACCAGGCAAUCUCUAUAGACAGGGAGUUUUACGAGAGGGAGCUGAAUGAGAAGUCCUUGAGGCUUCAUGAAGCUCUGAUUACGAUGGAGGAGCUCGGCAACACCCUAAAAGAAACUGAGAAGAAACUGCAGUUGAAAGAGGCAACGCUAAAAGGUCUUGGUUUUAACCCAGAUUAUGAGGAGGAGGAGGAGGAGGAGGAGUUACAUCCAGAGGAAGAACUACUUGAAUCCUCACAAGAAAAGCUAUUUGAGAUGGAGGCAAACCUUCAUUCUAAAGAAAAGCGCUGUUUGGAACUUGAAGCCAGGAACAGAGAACUAAUGACAUUGAACCAGGAAUCUGAGAAACUCAGUAGAGAGAUGCUAAGGGAAGCAGAAAACAAAAUGACAAUGCUAAAAGAGAAGUUAGAAUUGAAGACGGGUAAAGUUGAAAAGACAAUAAGCGAAUGUGUUGAAGCAGGACAAAUGCAAGUCGAUAAUAAAGGACUGUUAGAGCAAGUGGUAGAAGAGAUUGAGAGGAAGUCUGAGGCGAUUGAUCAGGUUUUAGAGAUGUUAGCAAAGGUAGAUGUUGAUGUAGAGAAUACACUCAAUUAUUUAAAAAGCACUUUAUUUAGUUGUUCAAAAGAAGAACAACCCUGUGUGAGUCAGAAAGACAUGAGGUUGUUAAUAGAGGGAGAGUUCUGGAGCCAGCUGUUGGGGUCAUCCAUAAUCAAACCAGAAGAAGACAGACACAGCUUUGAUAGAGGUUUGGCACGACAGAUGUUGGCACAGAAGCGCUUGAUGCUCUUGAUUAGGAGGAUUUGUCCACAAGAAAAAGAUGAAAGUGAGGAAGUGACAGAGCCAGAUUUUGCAUCCAUGUACAAAUGGCUUAAUAAUGAAACAAAUGCUCUGAUUAAAAAAGAGUUAAAAGACACCUUGGAGGAAAAGUCAAGUGUUCUGAAACAGAUUGUAUCCAGUGUGAAAUUGGCCAAAGACGACCAGAUUUUGUCUUUGGCUAUAACAAGCUUUGUUCAAGAACAGAAACCGUCCUCAGAUCAUCUGUUUGAUGCCCUUAAAGAAGCCUACAUGUCUUAUGUGAUCACUAGGCUGAAAGUCCAACAUAAACAAGAACUCAAGCAAAACCAGACCAAAGUUGAGAAUGGUAGCUUGGAUUGUCCAAAUUGUCAUAAAUUGAAAGAAGCCACCAAAAACCUUGAGUUGAAACUGGCAUUUAUCCAGAGUCAACUUGCCACAGGGCAACACACUUCAUCCAUCAUCCAGAUGGAAGGAGAGCCCACAGACUCAUUGCACCAAUCCAAUGAGCUUCAUGCCAGGAAGGAACUACAAGAGGUCAAAGACAGCUAUGAGAAGGAAGCUGAAAAGUUGAGGCAUAAAAUAGCUAAGGCCGACGAGAUGCUGCGUAUUCGCUCAGAAGAAAAUGUGAAGGAGAUCAACUCCCUGACAAACUGCAUGGAGAGUCUUAAGGAGAAGCACGAGAUGGAGAGGAUGAACCUCAUGGAGAGGUUUGACCGGGAAAUGGAAGAGCUGAGGAGCAUGAUGAGUCCAUCAAACCAAGACAAGAACUCAGCGGAUACCGACAGACUGCCGCAUCUCGCCUCAGCCCACACAUCGACCCUGAAAGAGCGAAUCCGAGAGCUGGUCACCCAGGUCUCGGUCAUGACCCAAGAGAUGAGACGCCGGGAAGAGCAGGGAGAUAAUACGACUCUACGACUGAAAUACGAGAAAGACCUGGAAAACCUGAAGGCCACCUGUGAGAGGGGCUUUGCUGCCAUGGAGGAUUCUCAUCAGAAGGUGAUCGAUGAGCUGCAGAAGAAGAACCACAGAGAGCUGGAGAACCUGCAUGCGGAGAAGGAGCGACUGCUUGAAGAGGAGACGGCAGCCACCAUCGCCGCAAUCGAAGCAAUGAAAAACGCCCACCGGUCAGAGCUGGAGAAGGAGCUGGACAAGGCUCGCAAGGCAAACAGCAACACAGAAAACGCAGACAUCGAGGAGAUCCGCAGGCAGCAUGAGGAGGAGCUGUGUUCCUUCCAGCGGGAGAUAGAGGUGUUGUCGGAGCAGUAUUCCCAGAAGUGCCUGGAGAACGCCCACCUGGCCCAGGCUCUGGAGGCCGAGAGGCAGGCCCUCCGGCAGUGUCAGAGGGAGAACCAGGAGCUCAACGCACACAACCAGGAGCUGAACAACCGCCUCGCAGCAGAGAUCACUAAGAUGCGCUCCAUGACGUCUGAGGAUGGAGUAGGAGACUCAAACAUCACAAUACAGGGGAAAGAGCUCUACGAGUUAGAAGUGAUGCUGAGGGUGAAGGAGUCUGAGGUCCAGUACUUGAAGCAGGAAAUCAACUCCCUGAAAGACGAGCUCCAAUCUGCCCAAAGAGACAAGAAAUAUGCAACAGAUAAGUACAAGGACAUCUACACGGAGCUGAGCAUCGUGAAGGCCAAAGCCGAGCGGGACCUGGGCCGGCUCAGAGACCAGCUGCAGCUCGCCCACCAGGCGCUGGGAGAGGCGUCGCUGGAAGAGGUGGAGCGGGGGGGAUACGUAGAUAUCAUGAAGUCCAAAAGCAACCCUGACAUCCUGAAGAUGGCGGCUGCUGCAGCCAAACGCUCAGAGCGCACACUGAGGUCAAAGAGUCUGAGGGAAGGGCUGACAGCCGAGCAGAGACUCCACCUGUUUGAAAACAAAGAGGCCAAGGAGUUCUGACAGUGACGCAUCACGUCUUCUUACCUUGCUGCAUGUUUAGAAGUCCACUAUAUUUUAGCUCUGUAAUGACUCAUUUAGUUACACUACACACUGGUCACACAACACAGAUCAUGUAUUAUUAUUAAAAACAUGUCUAGAUUUUGCAUUCCAUGCACUUCAGUUAACUGUGACAUUUUUUUGUAUCGUUUAUUUUUUUGCUGCCAUGUCUUACUGUAAAUACAGUUUUUAAUUGUCAUGCAUACACUAAAACUAUGAGUGUGUAAGCUACUGUUUUAACUCCCUAGACUAUUGCUUGCCAAAGGCAUACAUGUGAUGUUUAAAGGCUAAACACAACUGCAUAAGGAGUAGUGCAUAUUAAAAGCAUAGGAAUGAGUCUGGCGUUGUUCUAACGCUCCAUCAUCAUUCCAGCACAGAUGGAGGUGUUGCUCGGUGAAAAAAGCUACUAAACUCAAAUGCUCGUCUGCAUUUGAAAACAAAAUGUUGCUUCAGCGCCUGACUGACAUCAUAGAUGUUCCCCGCUAUCCUCGGAUCAAUCUGAGACACCCGUUGAAAUGCGACAGCUUAAUGCAUUCGGAUGGGAUUCACUGACUCUAAUUUAAAUAUAUAUAUAUAUGAACAUUUAUAUAGAUAUUUUUCUUUCUCUAACUGCAAUCAUCGGUCCAGCUGUAUGGGAGUUGUUUGUAGUCGUGUUCAGUGGCAGUCCCUUUAGUAUUUAUUUGAACGGUUGGGAUUUUUCUUUCACAUGCCCAUUCCUUUGUACUCUAUUAUUGUAAAUAUAAAGCAAAUAUACACCAUCUGACUACAGGUUUAUUAGCAAUAAAUAUUUUUGCACCCUU